AAGGGAGAUAAUCACGUUUGACUUAUGAAAGGAAAAUCCGUCGUCGUUCAUUUUCAGUUUCUUUGACGUUCGUUGAUGAGUUCAGAAGUGUUUCAUUAGCGGUCGGUACUUGUCCCUAAUUUCUCUCUGUCUCUCUGCUUAAUCCCUUAAUCUCUCAGCACCUCUUCCAUCCGUCUCCAUGGCAGUAUCUACCAAAGCCCCGUUGCUAAUCCGUUUGAUGUCAGCCUCCGUCACUGCUUCCCUCAGGGCUGGAACCACAAUUCGAGACAUCCUGAAAACCGGCGAUCUUCGCAUCAAGGACAAAGGUAUCGAUGACCUGCAAACCGAAGCUGAUCGAUCAGCGCAAAGAUGUAUCAUAGGAUCUCUACAGCAUCAUUUUCCGAAAGUGACCUUCAUAGGAGAAGAGGAUUUAUCUCCUGAUAGUAAUACCGAAGUAUUUCAAGAAGUUGAUUUCUGCAAAGAUGUACUGGCGUUAUCCUGUCCUGAAAAUCUGAGAAAUAUUCCAGACAAUGAGAUUAUAGUCUGGGUUGAUCCCCUGGAUGGAACCAAAGAGUUUACACAAGGUUUAUUGGACCAUGUCACAGUUCUGAUAGGAAUCUCGGUAAAUGGCAGUGCCGUUGCUGGUGUGGUUUACCAACCCUACUACAACUACCAGUCCAAGAUAUCAUCAGAGAUGGGAAGAUGUGUCUAUGGGGUCGUCGGCAUUGGCACAUUUGGUUUGGAUUCAAAACCAGCUCCAGCCAAUGAAAACAUAAUUACUACCACCAGGUCACAUUCAGACCCCAAAGUGACAGCAGCUGUAAACGCAUGUAACCCAACAGACGUGAUUAAAGUAGGUGGCGCGGGCCAUAAGGUGCUGCUGGUGUGUGAAGGUACGGCACAUGCCUAUGUGUUUGCUAGUAAAGGCUGCAAGAAAUGGGACACUUGUGGUCCUGAAGCAGUCCUUCGUGCCCUUGGCGGGAACCUCACUGAUCUCCAUGGUAACCCAAUUCAGUAUAAACUCGAUGUGCCACGCCCAAACUUAUCUGGUGUGGUAGCAACACUUAGCAACCACAGCUGGUACAUUAACAAGAUCCCUGAUGAGGUUAAGGCAGCCUUUCCAGCAAAUUAAAUUCAUAGAAAUCACAAGAAAAAAGAAGAAAAAACAUUCAAUAUUUGAUACUUUAUAUAAA